GGUGACUCGGAUCCUGUACGGUGGACGGCAGCUCGUUAUAAGGAUUACAGUGUGAGGCCCCUCUUCUGCCACGCGCAGACUGUCUGUGAUAUCGACAGGAGGCCUAAAACUCUUAUCAUUUGGCCCACGCCCUGAUCGUCCUCACGCACACCUUCAUACUCUUUCCAGUCAGACAAGGCCCGCUGUUACGUCGUCACCAUGUCCGAGGUCACGCCAGAGCAGAUGGCGGUCUACACCGAGGCCCUACUCAAGCACACCAAGGUGCUCGACCAGCCCGUCACCGAGAUUGUCAUCUUCAAGCUCAAGCAGCCGCACAGCGACGAGACGACACGCGACUUUGAGACGCGCAUCCUCGCCAAUGCGGCCACUGGGGAAGGGGUCCGGCGCAUGAGCUGGGGCUACUCGCUCGACGACAGCUCUACUAUGAUCUGGCAGAUCGACUGGGCUCGCAUCCAGGACCACUGGACCUUCUGGCAGACGCCCGCUUUCCUACCCGUGAUACGGGGGAUCUCGGACCUUUUCGAGGCUGGGCGGCCCCUUGUUCGCCACUACCACUUUAAGCCAGCCGGUAUGCUCCACGAAGAAGUCCAGCUCAUCUCCGUCUGGGAUCAGGGCGCUCCGGGUCAGGCCGAGGCCGACGUCCUCGCUGGGCUCGGCCACUCGCCGGAUGGUAGCGGUGACUCAAAGUCCGCCAAGGGCGCGUACGCUGUCGACAUGCAGGGGCAAACCUGGUACUGUGCCGCCUUCGGGUUCGCGACCGAGGAAGAGGCAAGGGCCAGCAGCGUCACCCGUCGCGGCGAGUCGCAUCUCGUCAAACUCAAAGUCUUUGAUGGUGCUGUGAGUGCGUAGAGCCGAGCAGGAAGCAUCGGCAGUACAAACUUGCCUAAACUCCAUCAAUACAAAGUCCAAUAGUCGAGACCCAAGGGGUUUGCCCUUGGUGGGGGGAAGUGAGCAGAUGCUUUGCUAGGCGUGAUUUGGUCAGAUAUAAUUAUGUGACGAUGACAAAGUACGACAAAGCUGAUGUAAGUUACAGGAUUGAUUGAGCAUUGACAUGGCGGACAACGAGAUCGAGG